AUGUCCCUCUUCAAACACAUCACCCGCCAAAACUCAUCCACCGCGCUCUUCCUUACGCGCCACCUCUCCUCCGCCGCCACCGCCACCGCAUCCAAACUCCACGAACGUUACACUUUCGAACCACCACCUUCCCUCUCAUCCUCUUCUCAAAACCCCAAUGAACCACCAACUAAACCCCACAGAAAAAAAACCAAACCCAGAUACCAACCGCCGUCAUCCCUCGAUCGAACCGGUAAAAAACCGAUUCGUUCGAGCCUACCUUUCGAUUUCCGGUUCAGUUACACGGAGAGCAGCCAAACGGUGAGGCCAAUCGGACUUCGAGAACCGAAAUACUCUCCGUUUGGACCGGACCGGAUCGACCGGCCGUGGACCGGGGUUUGCGCACCGGCGGUGGAUCCAAAGGUGAAGGAGUUAGAUGGAGAUGAAGACCCGAAGUUGGAAGAGGAGAGGAAGAAGAAGAGAGAGUAUGUUCAAGGGGAUUCCCUUACCAAUGCUGAAAGGAAAGCCCUAGUUUUGCAAUGUGAAAGAGGGAAAACUAAGCGCCAAGUUAAUAUGGGGCGGGAUGGUUUAACUCACAACAUGUUGAUUGAAAUUCAUAACCAUUGGAAAUAUACGGAAGCUGUUAGGAUCAAAUGCAUGGGUGUUCCUACUGUCGAUAUGAAAAAUAUUUGCGCGCAGCUUGAGGACAAGACAUUUGGAAAGGUCAUUUUCAGACACGGAGGUACACUUAUAUUAUACAGAGGUAGGAAUUAUAAUCCGAGAAAGAGGCCUGUAAUUCCUAUCAUGUUGUGGAAACCUCAUGAGCCUGUAUAUCCGAGAUUGAUUAAGACAGCAAUUGACGGCUUAAGUAUUGAGGAAACAAAAGCAAUGAGGAAGAGAGGAUUGGCUGUUCCCGCUUUAACAAAACUUGCAAAAAAUGGCUAUUAUGCCCAUUUGGUAUCCAUGGUCAGAGAUGCUUUCCUCGCGUGUGAAUUGGUUCGGAUAGACUGCCAGGGUCUCGAGAGGAGUGAUUACAAGAAAAUAGGCUGCAAACUUAGGGACCUAGUCCCUUGCAUUCUGGUGACUUUUGAUAAAGAACAGAUUGUCAUUUGGAGGGGGAAGGAUUAUAAGCACUUGAAGGAUGAAUACUUUCUUAAGGAUCGAGAAUCAUUUGAAGAUGGUGAUGGUGGCGGUGACUUGCUCACGGAUGAGGAUGAAGAGCUUAAUGACACUAACUUAUGA